GCCGCGCCCGCCUACAAGGCCUUGAGGGAGGCGGCGGAGGGCGAGUGCGCGGCGGGUUUGGCUGACCAUUGGCCCCUCGGUCGGCGCCCUAGCAGACCUCCCCUCGCCGCCCCUCGCCGCCCCGCGCCUCCCCGCUCCUCCCCGCCUCCCCGGAUCUGGUUCCAACACCCCAGCGCCGAGCCGGGGAGGCGGGGAGGACUCCCUAAGUGUGCCGCUCGGAAGCCUCCCGCUCGUCCCGCCCCGAGGGGCGUGAGGAGGGGAGGGGCUGCGGACUUCGGACUCGGGCCUGGAGACCGCAUCCUAUCCAGAGCCGGAGCCCGCAACCCGCUCUGGCGGCGACGGAGCCAUGUCGCCGCUGCUGGGGCUCCGGCCCGAGCUGCAGGACACCUGCACCUCGCUGGGACUGAUGCUGUCGGUGGUGCUGCUCAUGGGGCUGGCCCGCGUGGUCGCCCGGCAGCAGCUGCACAGGCCGGUGGCCCACGCCUUCGUCCUGGAAUUUCUAGCCACCUUCCAGCUCUGCUGCUGCACCCACGAGCUGCAACUGCUGAGCGAACAGCACCCUACGCACCCCACCUGGACGCUGACGCUUGUCUACUUCUUCUCGCUUGUGCAUGGCCUGACUCUGGUGGGCACGUCCAGCAACCCGUGCGGCGUGAUGAUGCAGAUGAUGCUGGGGGGCAUGUCCCCCGAGACGGGUGUGGUGAGGCUAUUGGCUCAGCUGGUUAGUGCCCUGUGCAGCAGGUACUGCACAAGCGCCUUGUGGAGCUUGGGUCUGACCCAGUAUCACAUCAGCGAGAGGAGCUUCGCUUGCAAGAAUCCCAUCCAAGUCGACUUGCUCAAAGCGGUCAUCACAGAGGCCGUCUGCUCCUUUCUCUUCCACAGCGCUCUGCUGCACUUCCAGGAGGUCCGAACCAAGCUUCGUAUCCACCUGCUGGCUGCACUCAUCACCUUUUUGGUCUAUGCAGGAGGAAGUCUAACAGGAGCUGUAUUUAAUCCAGCUUUGGCACUUUCACUACAUUUCAUGUGUUUUGACGAAGAAUUCCCUCAGUUUUUUAUAGUAUACUGGCUGGCUCCUUCUUUAGGUGUGUGUAUACCUGAAGAGAUGCCUGAAUUGACAGCCCUCAGAGAUAACCUAUCAUGGACUUCUGGCCUCCAAAACUAUGAGACAAUAAAAUUCUAUUGUUUGAGCCACCCAGCCUAUAUGACACUUUGUUAUAAUAGCCCUAGCAAACUAAUACAGAGAUGCAACAGUAAAUUAAUAGUGGGUAUCUCUCAGUUAGAAUUACACUUGUUUCUUUUUCACUUCUACUUUGCCUGCGCACAUUAAACAAAUUUUUUUGACUAUGAACAAAGACUAUUUUGGUAAUGAGGAAAGAAAAAUCACUAAAAACAAAUGACAUAAGCUUUCCCAUACUAUGUAAUUCUGUAUCUGCUUCCUAUACUAUAGAGAGUCAAUUCUUUCUCUUAGUUAUUUAAUUAACUUCUAUUGACUAUCCAUAACUUAUUGCCCAAGUGCUCAUCUGACUGUUCACACUGCA